UAUUAACAUUUCAGUAGCUUGCGAAAUAACAGUAAUAUCAUGGCUUUGGUAGUGAAUUUUAGUGAACAUUUUUAUGAUAUGCCUGAUUUUAAGAGAUUUUUCUCCAAUGUUGUAUUCCGUAAACAAAAUAUGGUGACUCUCAAAGAACUGGAACAAAAUCCUUCACUCUGUGAGAAGGUUGUUGGCUUGUAUGUACAAUCGGGCCUAAAUAAUAACCAAAAAUUCCGUGGAUUACUUGAGAAGUUAGUAAAUCUUAGAAUUAUUUGCUUUUUCGGUAUAGGUUUUGAUGACGUUGACAUUAAAUGGGCUAAAUCGCGUGGCAUUAGGAUUGGUCAUAGCAUCCAAGAUGGAAGAGCUGCCGCAAAUUUUGGUAUGGCACUAUUAUUGGCAAUGUCAAGGAAAAUAGUUCAGUGUGCCGAAUAUUUUCCGAAGACAUUGAAAACAAGUUUGUAUCCACCAGAACUUUUGGCACAUGACAUCACAGGAAAUUCGAUUGGAAUAAUUGGAAUGGGAACCAUUGGCUACAAGCUGGCAAUCAGAGCUCAUGCUUUUGAAAUGAAGGUGUUGUAUCAUCAAAGAAGGCAAAGGUCCGAAGAAGAAGAAGCAAAAGUGGAUGCGCAGUUUUAUAGUAGCUUGAUGGACAUGUUACCAUUGUGUGAUUAUGUUGUGAUUACCUGUACUUUGACACCACAAACGUAUCAUUUUAUUAGUCACAAGGAACUGGAGGCAAUGAAAAAGACAGCAACGUUAAUCAAUAUUGCCAGAGGAGAUAUCAUUGACCAAAGUGCUCUUGUUGAUGCACUGGAAUCAAGAAGGAUUGCAGGAGCUGCCCUGGACGUCACUACACCCGAACCCUUGCCAGUAGAUCACAAGCUUUACAACUUCCCAAAUGUUAUCAUUACACCACACUGUGCCACAAACACAGUUGCCAUGAGGAAAGAAAUUCGCGAGACAGCCUUCAGAAAUAUGGAGUUAGGUCUUCAUGAUGAACCUAUGUUAUCUGAAGUGAUUCUAGACUAGAAUGAGAGACAUUUCCAUCCGCUAGGAACACCUGCAUAAUGAUGGUUUUUAAAUCAGUAAAGAAGGAAGAGGAGGAGAGUAUCAACAACAAAAAGAAGGCAACACUGGCAAUGAUAACAUCAAUAAAAAUCUGUUAAUCAGUGAUAAAAAUCUAUUAAUCAUUAAUAAA